AUGCCAUACAGAAUGGAGCACAGGAUUGACCACAUCCAGCCAGAACAGGGGCGAAAUCCGCACCCUGUCAAUGCUUUGAAUGACAUGGGGGCACUACAGAGAAUGAUUAGGGAGAUGAUGGAACUUGAAGCCAGAAGAGGAGAAAGGUCCACCUACAGAAAGCUGUAUCUGGCUUACAUUGAUAAGAUACCUCUAUCCCCGGGUUUCAAGGUACCAAACUUUACCUUGUUCAACGGAGAAGACCAUCAUGCUUCAUCAGUUGAGCAUAUAGGCAGAUUCUCUGUCCAGUGCAUAGCCAUAGAAAAUAACCCUAUGUUAAAACUGAUGGAAAAUGUUUUCCAUGACUACUAUUUCAGGAUCCAGCCAGAAGUCACAAUAAGUGAUCUUGCUGCCCUCAAACAGAGUGAAGAUGAACCAGCUCAGGACUUCAUAACCAGGUUCAAAAAGCUCAAGAUGAAAUGCCGGAUCCCUAUGGAAGAAAGGCACUUCAUUUAG